AUGACUUCAACUCGAGCUGCAGUAAAGCCCUGUCAAGCCCUGUCUGCUCGAGACGUAGCGCGCCGCGCGCAACGUGUGGAGCGCGUUACGGAACUGCCAGAGGUUGUGGCUGCUGUCCUUCCACAGCACCUGGAAUUUCUCCAUGCACAACAGAAGCAGGCGGAGGAAGUGAGCGCUCACGACUUUUUCCAAAGGCGUGAUCUUCAUCAAAAGAUGAGAUCUCUGGCGCUGUCCGACCACUUCGACAAUUUUGGUAAGUCCCGCUUUCAAAAGCUGGGAUUAGCCUUCGCAGCUAAGCAGUUCAUUCCUAGACACGCCGCUGCUCCCAACAGUGGGAGUCUGACUGCCGUUGACGGACAGAAGGAGUCCAGCAAGCCUUCGGCCAAGGCCUUCAUCUUGUCACAGGAAGCACUCGCCCAAGACUUUAAGCGCUGGAGCCAGUACACUCAGGAGAUAUCUGCAUCUAUCCAGGAGGCAGAUCGUCACAAAGACGUGGAUGUCAAAAGAAGGCAAAUUGACAUCUUGUUUGCAGAACUUCCUCGUUUCAUGGAGUUCCUUCCCGAGGCAGUUCCCGUGGAGAGCUUGGAGCUUGAGAUCAAUCAUGAUCGCUCCUUGAAGCCAGGCUUUCCCCGCCGCUGGCCAGCGCAGUCUAGGAAGUUUCGGCGGACAGAAUCGCAGGCCCUGAUUGAGAUAUUCCGUGCAUGGUCCUUUGCUUCGUGGCCCCUGGGCGGUGCCGAGCUUGGGCUGGAUCGUGCCACUUUUGCCCGAUUCGUCUUAGACGUUGGUUUGGCAGAUGAGCGGAAGGUUCCCUUGUUCUGGGCUCUAUCGCUUUUCGAUUGCUUGUCGCAUAACACUCGCGUGUGUGCGAAAAAUGAUCUGGCUCCUCAAGCAGCACCACUUCUGCCGGUUGUGAAGUGGUGGGAUUUGCUCUCGAUUAUUGAGGUGCUGACAGCGCAGCACUUUCGCACCACCACAACAGCCCUUCGGGUCAAGUUCAUCGAGAGCAUUGCGGAAAUAUCCAGGUUUCGCCUUCCGCCUUACGCUCUCAAAGCCGUCAACAUCACUCAAGCACAGCUUGAGUUCGUCCUUCAAGGAGUGAAGGCUGAUUCCAAUGAAAGCGAUGACGAGCAGAGCAAGGCAAACCAGGAUACGCAGACGAAAGCCGCGGAGCCCAGGACCAGCCUCAAUGAAGCCAAAGACCUGGGCAAUGCCAGCAAAGAACAGUUGUCAAUCACAGAGGACGCUCGCUCUCAACGACAGAAAGGCAUGCUGGUGGAGCCGGAGGUGUUGCACAUCCUGUGGCAGCAUGAGGCCAUCUUCAAGAGUCUCCACACCGCCUACGCAGACCAUGCAGGUCACAUGACUUUUGCAGCCCUCAUCCAGCUCUGUAAAGACUUCUCUUUGGCACCCCAUCUUAUCAGCCUGCACCAGCUGCGCAAGAUCUACGAGUCUGCCGAGUGCUUGGAUCCGGCAUCUGGUGCUCCAAGGCAGUUUAGGGUUUAG